AAUGUCAUUGCCUUUGUAAACACUCAUUUCGUGGGCAUUACUUGCCAAUUACUUAAUUUUUAGCUGUAUUAAGUAAUCAUUUAUCCAGUAAUACACUUUUUUAGUAACUGCGUAAGUUUUACUUCGUAUUAUUGCUUUAACUGUGGGCUGAAAGAAGCGUGGGAGUUGUGAUGAUGUACAUAAAUUUGAACAUGUUAUCAAAAACCGGCACUGAUAAGCGUAAAUAAAUUCGCGUUACUGUUUUAAACGUAAAAUCUGUGAUCUAGUUUAUCAAUUUUUUUAAGAAAUCACAAUUCUUUUUUUCUAUAUUCCAGACUCGUUACCAUGAAGACUUACAAGAACUUGAUGUUUUUAUCGGUUUUUAUUUUCUGUUAUUGUUUAAAAUCGUCGGCGGAAGAAAAUGACGACUUUUACAAACUGUUGGGUGUACCUAGAGAUGCCACCACUAAAGAAAUUAGAAAAGCUUUUAAAAAUUUAGCGGUAAAAUUGCACCCUGAUAAAAACCAGGAUGAUGAAGAAGCCGACCAGAAAUUUAUUAAAAUCGCUAGAGCCUAUGAAACGCUGAAGGAUCCAGAUACACGUAAACACUAUGAUGUGCAUGGAGAUGCAGGGUCUUCUGAUAAAAAACAACAAUAUCAUAGUUACACAUAUUAUCGAGACCAGUUUGGUAUUUAUGACGACGACCCGCUCAUUGUAACUCUGAGCAGAGCAGACUAUGAGGUCAACAUCCUGGAUGACAGUCAAGCUUGGUUUGUCAAUUUUUAUUCGCCGAAUUGCCACCACUGCCACGAACUAGCCCCCACGUGGCGGAAAUUAGCCUCGGACUUGGAGGGUGUUGUUCGCAUCGCUGCGGUUAACUGCGAAGACGACUGGUCGCUAUGUUACCAACUCAGUAUAGAAUCUUACCCAACUUUACUAUAUUACGAAAAACAGGCGCAUCUUCACGAAGGGCAGCGAUAUCGUGGCCCUAGAACGUUCGAUCGUUUGAAAGACUACGUUCUAUCACAACUCACGGUCGAUGUUAAAGACAUCACGACUGAGAGUUGGUCGGACGGGGAUUCCCACAAACAGUGGCUUUUGUUUUUGUGCUCGGAGGACGGCUUCGACUGUCCCGAGCACGAAACAAGGCUAAAAAUGGCGGCGAUUUUGGACGGGUUAAUGUCAGUGGGACUUGUAACGUCGCCGCAACUAUGUAAUAAAAUUUAUGAAAGUCAUAAAACCAACCCCGUCGUUUUGUGGGACAAAAAAAGCGAGUCUGAAGGGAAAGUUCAUAAUAUCGCAGGUUCUGAUAGUAAGGAAAUCCUCGAAAGUGUGUUGAACGUCUUGCCGAAUCCACCCUCUUUGGACGAGCAACAGUUUCAAGAAAUAAGGGCUAAUUUGAGAAACGGUAACGAGAAGCCGUGGCUUCUUUGUUUUUAUUUGGGUACCGCUACUGACCUCAACCUCCAACUGAAGCGUCUUCCAGGCUUAAUUCCUUCCAUAAACAUAGGUUUAAUCCACUGCGGCAAAAACUCCCCCCUCUGUUCGAGUCUACACAUAUCCCGGUAUCCCAGUUGGGCCGUUUUGAAAGUAGGCGGCGCCUUUGAACUCCACCACGGUAGAGACGUCCUCCACGAAGUCUCCGCGUUUGCCCGCGACAGCGCCAAAUCCACCAAUCUUCACGCUCUAUCACCAGCCGACAUCGCCAACAUCAUGAAUGAAGAUAGCGCUUGGUUCGUCGACUGGUACGCCCCCUGGUGUCCCCCUUGUCGCAAACUAAUGCCAGAACUGCGUCGCGCCAGCCAACAUUUCGACCCCGAACAAAUCCAAUUCGGGACCGUUGACUGUACUUUACACAGACAGUUGUGUUCGCAGCACGGAAUCGGCUCGUACCCAACCACCAUUUUGUACAAUGGUACCCGGACCCAGCGCUUCCAUGGCGUGCCCAACGAAGACGGGAUUGUCGAAUUUGUGAACGAUAUGCUCACACCGUCUGUGAUCAGUUUAGAUGAGUCGUCGUUCGGAUUGUUGAUGCGCAAACCCGAAGAUGAGUUGUGGGUGGUCGAUUUUUUCGCACCUUGGUGUGGACCGUGCCAGAGGUUAGGUCCGGAGUGGCGAAAAUUGGCGAAACAGGUAGCCGAGUUCUCUGAAGUUAAAGUAGCCCAAGUGGACUGUGUCGCCAAUUCGGAGAUAUGUAGUGCCCAAAACGUACGAAGCUACCCUACGAUAAGAUUAUACCCAUUGGGUAGUAGAGGCUUGAACACUGUGGCAAUGUAUAACGGCAAUCGUGACGUCGUUUCUAUGAAGAGAUGGGUUUUGAGUUUGCUACCGUCGCCCGUGAUUUCAAUGAACGCAGAGAUGUUUAGGGAUCAAAUUCUAGCAAAGCAGUCGGUUUUGCCGUGGCUUGUCGAAUUUUACGCCCCUUGGUGUGGCCACUGCACGCAUUUCGAGCCAGAAUUUAUGAAAGUCGCUAACAGGUUGGAAGGUUACAUUAGGAGCGUCAAAGUCGACUGCGAAGCCGAACGAGUUUUUUGCGCCACGCUGUACAUCAAUAGUUACCCAUCGUUGUUUCUCUACUUGUCUCCAACCGAAAGACAUGAAAUUUCAACCCAAAGCGCUAAAGAGAUUGUCAGUCGUGUCAAGCAGAUCGUAAAUGAUAGACACUCCAAACACGACGAGCUUUAAAAAAAUUGAUGGUCGUUUUGCUGGUUUUUAGCGAAAUUGGUGCCUUUUGGGUGGUUUAUUAAUGGUUGGUGCUCCUAUUUUUAAUUUAGGUCGAAAAAAAAAAAAUGGAGAAGUUCCUGAUGUGUAAUUUUAAAAUAGUCGCAGAAAAGGACAAGCGUGUGUUUGACAAAGGUGUGUUUUUGUGGAGUAGAUGGCCUUGUUGAACUGGCCAACUAGGAUCUGGGGUAAAGCAUGUUCAAAAUGGGAAAUUUUUGUAGAGAAAUGUGAAUUUUGCACUUAAGCUCCGCCUCCCCGGCUCACGACGAAUAAAAAAAUCAUCACAACUGCGAUAGGGCGGGUGGGCGGGG